AUGCGGCGGCGGCGGCGUAGAAGUGGAGCCGCCACGUGGCCCCUCCAACGACACAACGCCGCCGCCACCGCCACCGCUCGCCGGUCGAUACGCCAGGCCGUCACCGGGGAAGCCGGAGAGGUUAUCAGGACCUGGUGCGAUGCCGACGCGGUGUGCUUUGACGUCGACAGCACGGUCUGCCUGGACGAGGGCAUCGAUGAGCUUGCAGAUUUCUACGGGGCAGGCCAGGCAGUUGCCCAGUGGACAGCUAAGGCCAUGGCUGGAUCUGUUGCAUUUGAAGAGGCACUUGCUGCUCGGCUAUCUCUAUUCAAGCCAUCCAUUGAACAAGUACAGGACUGUAUAGAGCAGAGGCCACCAAGGAUAUCUUCUGGAAUAGCUGAACUGAUCGAGAAGCUAAAAGCUAGAAAUGCUGAUGUAAUUGUUUCUGGGGGCUUCCGACAGAUGAUCAAGCCUGUUGCAUUGGAGCUUGGUGUUCCCCUUGAGAACAUUUUUGCUAAUCAAUUACUGUUUGGAAUCUCUGGAGAGUAUGUGGGGUUUGACCCCACUGAACCUACUUCACGAAGUGAGGGUAAAGCUGUGGCUGUUCAACACAUAAGACAUAAAUGCAGGUACAAGUCAGUUGUUAUGAUUGGAGAUGGUGCAACUGAUCUUGAGGCUCGGCAACCCGGUGGAGCGGACUUGUUUAUUUGCUAUGGAGGAGUCCAGAUGAGGGAGGCGGUUGCAAGAAAAGCCGAUUGGGUUGUCUCUGAUUUUAACGAGCUCUGAUGGCCUACUUGGCAUAAUGUUAUUUCCAGCAAGACUGAUACUGAUUCUUGCACUAUCAAUUGACGAAUAAUUAACUACCCACGGAAGCUCCUUAGGUUGAACAUCUGGUUCUAGGACCCCUGAUGUGGAGCAAGAAUUGGCAGGUUCUUGUGUUUAUUCCCUCCACAUUAUUUCAAGAACCUCCAGAAUGGGGUUCCAUGAUGGGUGAAACUUUUUUUGGUUUUGACCUCCAUCCUUUUGUCUGGAUGUUAAGGGUUUUGGGGGAGUUAUAGAAUAAGACAGUAUAAGGGAGCAAUUGUUAUCCCCUGAACAAAGUAAAAUGUGAUGUCUAUCUCAUAAUUUGGAGAAUUUCAUGUGAUCUCUUAUCGGUCACAGAUAACAUCAAUCAAAUAGAUUGUUUGCAAGACA